CUUCUGCCGCUUAAUAUCCUUCCUUGCCCAAAACGCUGCGUUUAAAUUAUCUCACCAAAGUGUCUCAUUUUCUCUUUCCUUUUCCUCCAGUUUCUGGCAGCCCAAACAGAUCUCCGCUUUUACCUCAAAGUAUCUGAAAUGGACAAGGUCACAGAAGCCGUGGAGAAGGCGAAGAAGGAUUGGGAAGAGACGUAUGGAAAAACCCUAGAUCACAUAAAGGCAAUUGAGGAUUAUGGAAAAUCAUCCGAUCAGAAGAACUCACUUCCUAGAUUGAAUGGCCUUGCUCAAGACGGUUUGGCUUUGCUCUCAUCGUUGCAGUUCAAUCUUGAUCUUCUCGCUCCACAGCUGCCCACUGAUGAAGACAUUCAAUCUGCUAACACCACACUUCAAUCUUGGAAGAAUCAAAUUCAAAGUUUGCGUUCGAGUUUGAGGAAUGCGAAUUUACAAGCAAAAGCAAACAUGAGGAAAGCAGCUAAGGAAGAGAGGGAACUUCUUCUGGGGGCUGGAGGAGAGUCCACGAUUCGCAGACGCAAUUUACAGACAAAGACUGGAAUGACAUCUGCUGCUGAAAAUAUCACAGAGAGCCUUCGCCGAACUCGCCAGCUUAUGGUUCAGGAGGUCGAAAGAAACACAACCAUGCUCUUGACUAAUGAGGAGUCAACAGGAGUAUUAAAAAAGGCUGAAAGUGAAUAUAAGGGACACCGCUCACUGCUCAUGCGAACCAGAAACCUACUAACAACAAUGCAACGUCAAGAUGUCCUUGACAGGAUCAUCCUCAUUGUUGGCUUUGUCUUCUUCUCUUGUGCUGUUCUCUACGUUGUUUCAAAGCGUAUUGGCCUACUCAAGUUGCAAAGAACGGUUACUGCUGCAAUAAAGGCUGGGAUGGUGAGACAAGCAAACAUUGGACAGGAUGCUGCUGAAGAUGGCAUAAAUCUUGCUCCUGUCCAUGACAACGCAAUUCGCAGAGUAGAGGUGCCAUUGGAACAACAUAUGCACGAUGAACUUUGAGGUUAUUACAGCUUUGUUGCUUCACAUUUUCCUUUUGUAUAUAGAGUAGCUUCCCAAACUCAAAUUCCUUGGUUUUUUUUUGUGCCAUUGAUUUUCAUGAGCCAUGUUGUCAAGUUAAGAGAUAAUAUCAUGUCAUUCAUUUUGUCAUGAUGAA